ACUUAUCGUACGUCUUCGUCGAAGCUUUCCCUCCGACAGACCGCGAGGGGGAGGAGAACUACGUGUGUGACGUCACAGACAACCACGGCCACCACGUGACCAAAGACUACCGGGUCACCACCUACCGGUCCGUGUACAUCAUAGAAGCCGAAUCCGGGGCACGUUGGAUCAACGAAACGACACUAGAGUUGAAGUGUGCCAUCUGGAGCCCUAGAAGGCCUCGCGUCCUGUUAGGCCUGACGAUUCAUUCUAGUCACGGAGAAUUCUCCCCAGACCAGCUCGUGGCUCAGGGAGACAACAGGUAUGUGGCUUCGGCAGCCAUUCACUCGGACACCCUGGACAGACUCGACCCGCACCAGAUGUACUUGCUCAACACCUACGUCACCACCGGCGGAACCUGCUCUGCGACCACACAGAUAUACGACGGCGGGAAUCACUGGGUCGACGCGGCUCACCUUUAUAAUAAUAUGCUCGUCCCCGACCGACCAAACAUGGAGAGAUGAAUGAAUGAAAGACAACACUACUGAUUCUGACGACACUGGGUAGCCUAUGUGGUUUCUGUGUCUUUAUGGGGGGGAGGGGGUAUAUCUUUGGCAUUUCGGUCUCACGUUUUUUUCAGAUUUGUUUCGACGUGGGUGUAAAAACACCUUCUUUUAUAACAUUAUUAUAAUUUUCGCUUCUAAUAUCAUUAUCAUUUUCACUUCUUUGCUUGCAAACAUCUUUUCAAAAGUUGAUACAAAUUCUCAAAUCUGUAUAAGCUCGCGUGAGUCUGUGCUAUUAUGAUUGGGCUCUCAACUCAUGCUCGUAGACGACAAGAGUUCGAUUCCCACCACACGAGUAUCCCUGUAUGCAUAUUUGGAUACUGUGUCCCUCACAACCUGGAUUGGCCCCGAUAGGCAAGAGUCAGUUGGUGGUUGGCGGGUGCUCUGGUGUGGUUUGCUCCUUCGAUCUUUCCUUUCAAACAUCUAUCGGUCU